AUGGCGAACGCUGACGUUGUUACAUACAACAUCGCAGCGUUCAUCGCGACACUCUUCCUCUUAGAAUUUGGUGCGGAUAAGUUUAUUGAUCAUACCGCCGUCGUCGCUCGUCGCACCGGAAUAUCGGAAACGGUCGUUGGGCUUCUUACUGCUGGAGGAGAAUGGGAGGAGCUCGCUGUUGUUAUUGCAUCACUCGCGCGCAAUCGUGGCUCUUUGGCUAUCGGUAAUAUUGUUGGUUCUGCGGUUUCGAAUAUAUUGGGAGCUUUCUCCCUGGGUCUCUUAUUUCACGACAAGCAGCAGCCGAUUGUGUUUGAUCGAAGCUCACGCAUAUACUCUCUUGUCCUACUCGUCUUGACAACUUUUGUGACGCCGAUUACGUACUUUUCAAAGAAGAUCGUAUGGUUGGUUGGCGGCUCCAUCUUGAUCGCAUUCUUUGCCAUCUAUAUUGGGUCUGUGGGGUGGGCAAUCAGUAAAGGGGCUCUCACUGCUCCAGAGGACUCCGACGAUAGCAGCGACGAUGAGAGCAGUGGUGAAGAAAACACAGUUGGACCAAGUCGCCGCAAGCACCAGAGUCUACGUUAUCACCUAUUUUAUCUCUUACUUGGCUUUUUAGCCAUCUGCCUCGCAGGUUACGUGCUUUCCCACGCUGCCACCACCAUUACCGAUGAAUUCGGCAUCUCAGAUGUGCUUUUUGGUGUUGUGAUUCUCGCAAUAGCCACGACAAUUCCCGAAAAGUUCGUCGCGGUGAUGAGCGGGCACCGAGGCCAUGCUGGAAUUCUCGUCGCGAAUACAGCCGGCAGUAAUAUAUUCCUGCUUGCAUUGUGCUCUGGAAUCGUUAUGCUCGGUACCUCAGGGAAGCUUGAACACGGCAACGUGAGCAUCGCUGAAUUAGGGGUUUUAUGGGCCUCAACACUUGCAUUUACUUUGACCGUCUGGUUUGGCGGAAGGUUUUGUCGUGAGAUUGGAUGGGGAAUGCUGAUCGCUUAUGUUGCCUUUAUAGUGCUGGAGUUUACAGUGAUUCAUUGUGUAGCUAAUGGCGACUAG